CCUGGCCUGACCCCAGUGCCGGCUGCAGACACUCAGGUGAGGGCCGGCCUGGAAGGGACCAAGGGGGAGACGGGGGCUCCCAUGGCAGCUCCUGCGGUCAGCACUGCCCGCGAGGGUGCAGCAGCUGGGCCUCCAGGAGGCUCCCAGUAUGUGUUUGGCCUGCUCCAGCAGAGCCCAGCGCUGACUACCCUGGACCUCAGUGGCUGCCAGCUGUCGGGGACUAUGGCGACCUAAUUGUGUGCCGUCCUGCAGCUCCCAGGGUGCCGCCUGCAAAGCCUCAGGUGGGGGCAGCGCCGGGAAAGGUGCGGGAACACAGCCUCUCCACCCUGGCUUGGGGUGGGCGCCAGGGGCUUCCCCCAGACCUCACAGAGGAGUCCCGCCCAGGGCCCUCCCGAGGGACCCUGCUGAAACUCAGCCCCUGGAGACCCACCCCCUAAAUCCCUGGCCCCAGCCCUGGGCUUCAACCACUCCGCCAGACCAAAUGUCCAUCUAGUGUCUGGUGCACAUGGCCACAGUCUGGACCGGCACGCUUUCACUCCCCUGGAGGCUCUGGCCCCUAGGCCCUACCCGCUCCCCCAGCCUCUGACAGCCCCCUUAGUGGCUGCCUCCCGUCCCUGUGUGCCUUUGGCCUAACCCAGGUCAACAACUCCCCAUCGCUGCCUCCCCGAGCCCUGGCCUCCUUCCCCCACCAGCUCCACUGCCAUCCUCUGCACACGGCUACAGUCUAACGUCCGUGGAGCUGAGCGAGCGGUCACUGCAGGAGCGGCGGGCCCUGGGGAGAGCAAAGGCGGGACUGGCCGUCACCCACCCAGCAUUGGACAGCGACCCCCAGCCUCACAAAGGGCUCGGCAGUGACCCCUGAGGCCCUGGGGGAGGGCUCUAGUCAGCCCUACAGAGUAGCCCUCCCCACUCCAAGGGCGAGAGGUUGGUGUUCUCUGCUGUGGGCAACUCUUGAGCCUGAGGGGCCCUGGACAGGCAGGUGGGAGACCCAGAGAGACACGGCCCCUUACCUGCUCCUGGACAGCCCCCGAGACCUCCCCACACCCUGGGGACAGGUAUGUCUCUGUCCCCCCCACCAGGAGGAGGGGGUCCCCUCCCCUAACCCCACUGCUGCCCCACCCACGUUCCUCUUCUGGGACCUCCAGCCCUCCCAUUGCAGGCGCCCCUCAGCAACAAGGGUGACGCUGAGCGCCCCCGGGAAUUGAGGACCUACAGUGUGUUGGCCUUUACCUGGUGCAGGAUGACCCAUUUGCUGAUCCUGUGCCCAUGCACAGUAUGGGCACCCAGAGCCCGCUACUCGGCUCCAGCCAUAGGGCAUCAAGCAGGGGCUGACCCGUGGCUGAAGGUAGGUGGGUCACCGUCCCUCCUCAGGAAUUUGGGUCUCAGCAUUAGGAGUGAAGCCAUCCCUGAGGCUGUGUGGUCUGAGCCCAGAGGUGUCCACUCGCUGUCUGAGGACUUCAGGAACAGGCCAGAGGAGAGUGGACAGGAGCAGUAGCCCCUGCUCCGGAUGGGAGCUGUGAUGGCGCAUGUGGUGGGCAGCGCCCCCGUGCACUGAUGAUAAAUUCUCCUUGGGAUUUGUUUUUGUCGGUUUCUGUUGCCCUUAGCCAGGCAUCCUAACAGGUGUUCAUACUCUUUCCUUUGGUCCCCCGCCCAUCUCAGUGGGACAGGGUUGUAGCCCCCGUUUCCUGGGUGAGCUCAGGGGAACACCCUGAUGCAGGAAGCUCCGACGUGAGGCUUGGCCUCCAUGGGCAGGGCCAGCGACUGACAGCCCCCGAAUCCUGAAGUCUUCUCUGCUCAACCCUGCUGGACUUGGCCAGCUUCUGGGACCCCAGUCAGCCCCUCCACUUCCCCAAAUUCCCUUCCAUAAUCCAGUUAUUCAUUCCACAGAACAGACCAAAAAUCCCUGCCCUCCUGGAGCUGGUAUUCUAGGGGGCUGGGGGGAUGGAGCCAGUGGUUUCCUCUUACACGUAAGUAGUCUGGGAACAUCUGGUUGUGGACGAGGCAUUUGAAAACGGAAGGAAGGGAGGGACCAACCCUAAGGAUGUCCUGAAGAAAAGGCAGUGGGAUGGCAAGUGUAAAGGCCGCAGAGGGGCCUGUCUUGGUUGGCUGCUGCUGUAACAAAAUACCAUACACCGGGUGGCUUGUCAGCAAGAUAAGUUUAUUUCUCGUAGCUCUGGAGGCUGGGAUGCCCAAGGUUAGGAUGCCAGUCAACUUGGUGUCUGGUGAGGAGCCUCUCCCUGCAGAUGGCCGUCUUCUGGCUGUGUCCUCACGGGGUAGAGAGAGGGCGAGCUCUCGGGCCUCUUAUACGGGCAGAAAUGCCGUUCUUGACAGCUCGUGACCUAAUUACGUCCCAAAGGCCCCACCUCCAAAUACCAUCACACUGGGGCUUAGAAUUCAACGGAUGGGUUUGGGGGGAUCACAUUCAAUCCAUAACAAGGAGCGAGCUUGGUGCAGAAGCAGCAAGGAAGCCAGGGUGGCAGCAGCGGGAUGGGGGAGGGGCUGAGGGCGGGGAGGCGGCCCUGGGUAGCUUGUCCUGCCGGUGAGGUGGGCACCACUGCAGGCUGUGAGAACUUGCCCACUCCUGGGGUAGAUGUGGCUCUGGCUCUGCUGACAAGGGCUGUGGGGCCAGAGCAAGGACUGCACUAACCCAGGAGCACGGCCUGGUGAGAGCGGGCACGCCCUGGAAGGGGGACGCGCCGGUGGAUGUAGGUGGGGGGACAGCGGGCCUGAGCAGCGGGAUGGGUGAAGUCACCACGGCCUGUGCUGGGCAGGCCACGGCAAGGGCAGGUUUCAGGGACACGUUGAAUUCGAGUGUCUCUGGCUGGGCGAGUGGUCAGAGCACAGUCAUUCGGGUCAGACCAGGGCCAGAGAGACGAGGUCCAGACAGCCCCAGGGCCUGGAGCCUCCAGCGGGGCAGGGGGCAAGUGGGUAGAGGCUGAGAGACGAGGCUGGGAAGAGCCAGAAAGUGGGGCGGGGACAAAGGAAGGCGGGGCUCCAGGAGGGGGACCUGCCUCACCCCUCCGGGGCGGACGGGGGUUCAGGGAGAGAGGCAGGACCCGGCGGCAAGAGAGGGGACACCUAAGCCGAAACCCCGCCCCUCUCAGUUCCACCCUUGGAGAAGACUCAAGGGAGAGUUGGAGCUGGGCUCCUCGCAGCCUCGCAGGCACGACUGGUCGAGGCAGCCCGCCCCACCCGCGCCCCGCCCGCCCCGGGGGUGGGGACGUUCCAUCCGGCCCGCGCUGCGCGCCCUGGGGCGGGGACCGCGGGGCCUUCCGGUGACAAGGCCGCUCCUGGCUACUUCUCCCUCCGGUCCGGCGGCCACCCGCUGGAGCCGAGGGACGCUGCUGGGCUGCGGCGAGCCCCAGGGACGCGGCCGACGGCCCGCCUGCCCCCCAACCCCCAGCUGCUGCCGGCACCCCACCCCGUACCCAGCCGGCCUCCUGGAGGGUGAGGCCCGCCGGCUGAGGCCUCCUCCCUUCCCGCCAGCUGGACGGCUUCGAGGCAGUGCGCCCGGAGAGAGCUGGAAGGGACUGAGGCCCUAAGGUGGGAGGCCGGGGCCUCUGCUGUGUCCCUGGAGAUCAGUAUUGGGGGCGAGGGUCUCUGAGGGUUGAGGGUGUUUCCUGGGGUGGCUUGAGAGGGGGGUUCUGGACAGUCGGGGCUGCCCAGGUGGGUCACACACGUCCCUCCACCCGUGGGGGCAUUAACCAGGUUCCAAGGCAAGCUUCGGGGUUUCCAGAAAAGGGAGGCCCAACCAACGGUGGGGGCCUCUGACUCCCCCUUUUGCAGGCCCCUCCGCUGAGCCAACCUUGCCAUGGAGGAUGCUGGCGAGGACGCCACCAGAUUCACUGCCCAUUCUCUGCCCAGUGACCCCCGGCUCUUGGCCACCGUGACCAAUGCCUACUUGGGCACACGCGUGUAUCAUGAGACACUGCAUGUGAGCGGAGUGUACAAUGGGGCUUGGGGGGAUACGCACCGGGCCAUUCUGCCCAGUCCCCUCAAUGUCCAGCUGGAGGCCCCUGCAGGAUCAGGAGAGCAGCUGACCAAGACCUUUGUCCUGGACACUAACACAGGCUCCUUUCUGCACACCCUGGAGGGCCCCAGCUUCCGGGCCUCCCAGCGCAUCUAUGCCCACCGCACGCUGCCUCACGUCCUGGCCUUCAGUGUGUCCAUCACCCGCUUGGCCACAGGGAGCUGGCCCAUCACCGUGCUGCUGCAGUCAACCUUCUCCCCAGAAAGCCCGGACCUGGACCUGCAUCUGGGUCCUGACUUCCAGGGAGCCCGGUACCUGUACGGCCACACACUCACCCCCGAGCAGCCUGGGGGGGCACAGCAGGAGGUGCACAUGCUGUGGACGCCAGUGCCCCCAGCCUUGACCCUUGGGGAAGGGGAGGAGGAUGGGACGUGGGAGUUCCUGACGGUGGUGGGUGGCAGCCAGGCCGAAGCCCAGGCCUGCCUCGCCGAUGCCCUGCAGCUGCAGGCCAGGCGCACUCUCUACAUGGCCCAUGCACAGGCCUGGGCCCAGCUCUGGGCAGGCUGUGGCCUGGAUGUGGAGGGGCCCCUGCGUCUGCGCCAGGCCCUGCGUGGAGCUCUCUACUACCUGCUCAGUGCCCUGCCCCAGCCCGGGGCCCCAGGAUACGUCUGCCACGGCCUCAGCCCAGGCGGCCUCUCCAACGGGAGCCGUGAGGAAUGCUACUGGGGCCACGUCUUCUGGGACCAGGACCUCUGGAUGUUCCCCAGUAUCCUGAUGUUCCACCCGGAGGCCGCCAGGGCUCUCCUGCAGUACCGCAUCCGGACGCUCGGUGGAGCCCUGUACAACGCCCAGAACCUAGGCUACCAGGGAGCCAAGUUUGCCUGGGAGAGCGCGGGCUCCGGCCUGGAGGUCUGCCCUGAGGCCAUUUAUGGGACCCAGGAGAUCCACAUCAACGGGGCCGUGGUGCUGGCCUUCCAGCUGUACUACCACACCACCCAGGACUUGCAGCUGUUCCGAGAGGCUGGGGGCUGGGAUGUGGUCAGUGCCGUGGCUGAGUUUUGGUGCAGCCGCGUAGAGUGGAGCCCCGGGGAGGAGAAGUUCCACCUGAAGGGAGUCAUGCCCCCUGACGAAUACCAUUCAGGGGUCGACAACUCCGUGUACACCAAUGUCCUGGUCCAGAACAGCCUGCGCUUUGCUGCUGCCCUGGCCCAGGACCUGGGUCAGCCCGUCCCCAACCAGUGGCUGGUGGUGGCUGAUAAGAUCAAGGUGCCCUUUGACCCGAAACUGAACUUCCACCCUGAGUUUGAUGGGUACCAGCCUGGAGAGGAGGUGAAGCAGGCAGAUGUUGUGCUCUUGGGGUACCCCGUCCCCUUCCCCCUGAGUCCUCAAGUUCGCAGGCAAAACCUGGAGAUGUAUGAGGCUGUGACGUCCCCCCAGGGCCCUGCCAUGACCUGGAGCAUGUUUGCAGUGGGCUGGAUGGAGCUGAAGGACCCCGGGCGGGCGUGGGACCUCCUGCAGAGGAGCUUCGCCAACGUCACGGAGCCCUUCAAGGUGUGGACGGAGAAUGCAGACAGGUCGGGUGCCGUGAACUUCCUGACAGGCAUGGGGGGCUUCCUGCAGGCGGUGCUCUUUGGGGUCACGGGAUUCAGGAUCACUGAGGCCGGUUUGACCUUCGACCCCAUGUGUCCAGCGGGGAUCUCCAGAGUGUGCGUUUCUGGCAUCUCCUACCAGGGGAGCAAGCUUGACUUUUCCUUCUCUGAAGGGUCUGUGACAGUUGAGGUCACUGCCCGAGCAGGGCCCUGGGCCCCCCCGCUGGAGGCUGAGCUGUGGCCAUCACAGAAUCGGCUCCCCCUGUCCCCAGGACACAAGGUCUCCUUUCCCUGCUCAGCUGGCCGGAUACAGAGGUCACACCUGUAGGAAGCAGGGACAGCAGGUUCUGCCCCGAGAGUUUCCUGGGAAGAUUGUUUGAAGACAUUAAGCAUCUGCGCAGAGCCCACAGGACCCCCUCUGGGGCACCCUUGGGCCCUCCAGCCCCACCGAGUCCCCCCCGCCCCCCGCCCAGUCCUGCCCCCUCCCCCAAAACGACCAGGGCUGUUGGCUUCAGGGAUGUUUCUCAGGCCUCCCCCCGGCCACUCCCUCUGCGGGUGCCCCUGCUGGCUGCACCCACCCCUCCUCAACGCCCUCCCAGCCUGCCGCCCCCUCCCACCCUCCUCCACACGGCAGCCAGGCUCACGGGUUCCAAGGAAAGUCUGGACUCUUUGGCCCAAGUUCAAGACUCUGCCUCUAGCCUGAGACCCUCCCCAGCCUAACCCCCCAUAGACGGUCAGCUUUCUUGCAGCCUCACACAGCAUGUCUGUUCCCGCCCUCCCUCAGCGCCCCUUCCCUAGGACCCCACAGGGUGAGGUGGGAGAAGGGCCAGCGGUUCUGCGAAGACAGAGGCAGAUGCCGGCCUUGAUGGGGAGCACGGCAGGAUGAGGGGCGUGGGGGAGACUCAGUCUCCUGUGGGAUUACUUGGGACACCGCAUCGCAGCUUCACAAAGGACCCUUCUGUGUCACACGAGGGAGCAUCAGGUAUGGCUGGGUCCAGGUGCUCCUGGGCUGCUGUGAGCACUCGGCAUCCUCAGUCCUUGGGUCCUCUUGCCUCUGGGCCACUUGAGUCAAGUCGGACGGUCUCUGUCACGUGCCUUUCCUCAGCCAGGAAGGCAGGGCGUGGGGUGUGGAGCAAGACCCUGCAUUUCCUCUGACCAGCCAGAAGGGCUGGGGCCGGGUGUGCGUGAGUCCCAGGCCAUGGCCCUGGGCCCAGCUGUCCUGGGCAGGCGGCCCUCAGCCGAGGCUCUGCCCACUGUCUCUUCCUGGGCUUCAGCCCCUCAGUUGGCACAGCAGACUUGGGUUUCCCCAGGGUGAGGCGAGAUGGUGUCUGCCAUGGAAAUCCUGGCGAGGGCCGAGCCUGCUGCAACAGAUCUGCCUGAGGAAUGGGCAAGCUUUGUCUGCUGUGAGGAGCUGGCGAGCUCCCUGCUGAACGUGAGGGUUUCGUAAAGGAUCAAGUUUCCCUUCCACGCGGCUGGGAAGCACAGUCACUUGCUCGCUAGAGCAAGUAAGCGAGUCCCGUCACCGUCUGCGCCCCUCCUUCAUCUGCAGACCGUGCUCUCUGUUCUCAGUGGAGAGUUAGCCCGAGUUCUCCAAGAAGCAGACACCAGGCAGACAAACUGUGAUGGACUGAAGCCCCAUGAGGGAGAGAGGGAAGGGGGUGGCUGCAGGGAGUGUGGCCGAGCUGCAGACCAGCUCCCUGAGGGCCUGUGGCCUCAGAAUGGAUCCCGCGACUUGGUGGGGCUCCCCCAGGGGCCCACAGGCUCUCGCUCAACCGGUGGCAGUGCCGCAAAGGCCCAGGCAGGUCUGCUGAAGCACAGCAUGGUGGCCAGGGACUGUCCCCAUGAAGCAGACAUUUGCCUUUGCAGCCCUGGAGCCAGAUGUGGGCACAGGCAUCAGGUGGGGGUGGUAGGUGGCCCUUCACCCACAGGACUGACGUAGCUUGAUACGUGCCGCGUGUGUGUGCCGCGUGUGUGUGCGCGCGCGCACGCACACCUACCUGUGCCUGUGGAGGGGCAACCCUCCAAGGGGCCGUGACGGUGGCAGCAUGUGUGUGCUGGCCUGGCUGGUCCGGCCCAUGACAGCCAAUUGCCUGAACCUGACCAGGGUCCUUCAACCUGCCCAGGACACAGGCUGGAAGGGUUUCUGGUGACCUUCUGUGCCUGGCUUGACCGCGUAUUCUCUGUCCUCAGCAACUGGGCAAGGGCUGGACAAUGUCUGCUCCCCUCACCAAAUGUGGAGACCAGAAGACCAUCCCCUGCUUGGAGACAUGUACCCGGCUACACACAGGCUGACCCCUGCUCCCAGCCUCUGUGUCCAGCAUGGGUUGGUCCCUUCCUGGGCCAAACCUGGAGCUCAGUGUUGGAACGCCGUCUCCAUCCUAGUCCGAGCGCUGGCCUUGUCCUUAGUCCAAUGUAGGGCCAGUGCCCAGGAAGGGGCACUGCUCCAUCUCCACCCCAGGCCCCGGCCAGCACAACUUCUGCCUCAGGGGCUGGCUCAGAGCAGCGCACACUCAGCAGGGGGCUGGGGUACUGCCAGCCUGCGGCCGGGACUCAUCUCUGCUGGCACGCUUUAGAGACAGCUGGACCAACUGUUGGCCGUCACAAGAGGGGGGCUACUCUGGGGGCUCCAAGUACAGGAGCUAGACAAGAGACCCACGCCCCCAGCCCAGGCAGGGUGGGCAGGCAAAGGGAGGGAAGGGACCAUGGGUGGGGUAUUCAGAGCCCUGAGCCACCCUGUGGUUAAGGCCCCUGCAAUUAGCCUGCCCUGUCAUUGGCCCGGCCACAGCAAGGCCCAGGGGCCUCACCCCCAGCCACACAGGGUGUGCGUGUGUCUUUGGCAGCCCCCACUCUGCCAGGCUCUGCUGGGGCUGCCGGGGGGUUACAUAAGGGAGGUAACUGAUGCGAGGACGUGCACCCGCACAGAGGCACUGGGAAAACGCCCUCACCCCCCCACGCCUCCCUUUCUGUACAAUUGUGUGUGUGCAGAAGGUACUCCUGUGCACCUGUGCGUGAUGGACGUGUGCACGGGUGACGGCGUGACCAUGUCUGUGUGCCUGUGUGUCUGUGUCCAGCCCCACUGAUCCAGGAAGGAGGGAACCCACUGCCGGGACAGAUCAGAAUUAAAGGGACGCAGGGUCACAAGGACAGAGUGACCCAAAGAAGUAGGUCAACACAGGCCCAGCCCCAGACAGGAACGUGCACGACAAGGACAAGUCUCACUGGUCAGGGACUCCCCUUAGCACGUGUGCACACACGCUGACUCGGGGAUGGGCAGGCACGUGGACGCAGAGACACAGCACACACAUUCUGAAAGACAGGCCGCUAAACCACAGAGCGGCAGAGAUCAAAGCCCGACUUCUCAAACUUCAUUCUAAAAUACUCAGGCACCUCCACCCAGAAGCCGCAGGCCGCCCAGUGCCUGAGCAAAGGGGACAGUCGGGGCACCAAGCCGACAGGGCAGGGCGUCCACCAUGGACGCUGGGGGCAGUCCAGGGGGAUUUGGCUGCAGUGGUCCCUAGGGUAGCUCCCCUCAGGAAGAUACCCUCCCCCACCCCAGCCAGGAACAGUCCUGGAAAGCACUUUCUGGAGCCAGGCGCUUUUAAUUGUGAAACUGAGGCUGAGCCUGGCGGCUGGGGAGGGAGGAGCUGGCCUGGG